CGAGCAUCAAUAAAUGUUGUGAUCACCACAGGUCCGGGUCCGACAUCUCAUAACCACUCGACUCGCACUCAGCGCAGCUGUAAGACGUUCAAAAGCAUCUACUCUCGCUCCAUCCCUCACUUUAUCUCACUAUCACAUCACUGCAUCUCUUCGCCUACUUUUCCUUCCAACCAUGGCAUCUCAAUCGUUCCAUCCCAAUCGAUCACUGAAUGUCUACUCAAUCCCGCCAGAACUUCUCGAAGCUCUGUCGGUUCGUUCGAUCCAGAGCGAGGGAGAAGCCACAGCUGGAGCGGAUAAUGCGGACGCGCAGCCAGAGGCUCAUCCCUUAGCAGCCGCUUCGAGCGCCGGGCUCGGGUGCCAGACAUGUCCAGGCGCCGCCUUCGACACCCCAGAAGAUCAUCGCGCGCACUUCAAGACCGAUUGGCAUCGAUACAAUGCCAAGGCCAAACUGAAUGCCAGCAAGACCGUGACUGCGGACGAAUUUGACAACGUUGUAGAUGGCGUGUCCUCUAUAUCUGGCUCGGCAUCAGCAUCAUCAGCGUCGUCAGAAGAUCGAAUCACUCGCCUCCUGAAGAAGACAAAGGUUGAGGACAAGGAGGAUCAAGUAGACUCGGACGAGGAGGCCGAGCUCGCGGAUAUGCGCCGACGCGCACACCUCCGCACUGCCGUGAUUUGGUUCCAGGCGAAGAACACACCGCCAGCGCUGGGGAUUGAGCCAGACACCCAGAUCGGCGUCUACCGUAGCCUAUUCCCGUCGUAUGAUACGGCAGGCGACUACCUCAACGAACUGAAGCGGUUGCAGCUCGGCCCACCUGUGCCCGAGGACGAGGAGCGGCGCAUCGGCCUCUUCAUGGUUGCUGGCGGCCACUUUGCGGGUAUGGUCAUCAGCCUGCGGCCUCGCGGAAAGAGCGAGCGACAGGAAGUCAAGGGUGCGGGCGACGUACGCGUGCUUCAACACAAGACAUUCCAUCGCUAUACGACCCGUCGCAAGCAGGGUGGCUCGCAGGGCUUGAACGACAAUGCCAAGUCGAAAGCUGUGUCCGCCGGUGCAAUGUUGCGUCGCUACGGCGAGCAAGCUCUUCAGGACGAGAUCCGCGAGCUCCUGUCCGAGUGGGAAGAGGACCUCGAGAUGUGCGAACGGAUCUUCAUCCGUGCGAGCACCCACGGCAAGAAGAGCUUCUGGGGCUAUGAUGGGGCUGUGCUCGAUAAGACGGACCCGCGCAUCCGCUCCUUCCCUUUCCCGACCCGCCGUCCAACGCAGCAGGAACUUCUGCGGUGUUGGCACGAACUGACGCGCGUCAAGGUGUCGCAUCUGUCGGCUGAGGCGCUCGCGGCGCAAGACGAGGCGUACAUCGCUUCACUGCAGCCGAAGAAGCAGGCCAUCGCCAAGCCUGUUCCUGCCCCCACUCCUGCACCCGCACCCGUGCCCAAGCUCUCGCCAGAAGAGGAGGCGCGCCAGGACCGCGCCAAGCGCCUGGAAGACAUGGUGCGGAAGGGCCGCGUCGAUGCUGUGCGUACCUUCUCAAUGCGCUACCCCUCCGAAGUUACCCCUGCGACGCUGGGAUUGGCAGCCAUGACAGCUCAGGAGGAGGUCCUCCGCUUCCUCCUUCUCGAAGCCAAGCUGGACCCAACCACCCCGCUUGAGGGCGGCAAGCGCGCCUACGACAUGGCGCCAAGCAAGAAUGUACGCAACGUAUUCCGCCGCAUCGCAUUCGACCACCCCACGCUGUGGGACUGGCAGGCGGCGCACGUGCCCUCGGGUCUGAGCGAGGAGGCCGAGGCAGGGCAGGGCGCGAAGAAGGCUGAGCGGCGCCGCGGGCUGCGCGAGAAGAUGAAGGAGCGGGAGCGGGCCCGCGCGGAGGCUGAACCCGAGCCCGAGCCGGAGGCGCCUCCACUCCCUUCAAGCUUCGCGUCGCUCGGCGUCCCGUCCUCUGGGCCGCAGAAGCUGGGGGGACGGCUGGAUGCGUCGUCUGGUCUCGCGGGUCUGAGUCCCGAGAUGCGUGCGCAGAUCGAGCGAGAGCGCCGCGCCCGGGCGGCCGAGGCGCGUUUCAAGCGAGCCUAAGCAAUGUGCCUUCAUAUGGGCGCCCAGCUGCGGCUUGGACAUGCCACGCAUGGAAGCUAGGAAGCCAAUUUGCGCCUCGGAUCGAUCAUCAACAGCAGGUUACGGCAUGUCUCGUUACGCGUUGCUUCGCCUGACGACGGAUCGGGCAAGCUUCUGCGAUCGUGCUGUCCUUGAUUUCAGCUGUGAGGUGCGGCUGAUGCGAAGCGUUGCAGCAAUAUUUGCGUUUCAUGACAUGCAUGGUGUCUAGCAUUG